AUGGAUCAAGUCCCCACAUCGGAUUUUGAAAAGAUCAUUUCUGUUAACUUGGUUGGAACAUACCGUGUCUCCCAAGCAGCUAUCCCUUUUCUCGAGAAAUCUUCUGGGGGCGGUGUUAUCAUCAACAUGUCUAGCUGCCGGGCAACCCAGCAGAGCAAGCAUGGUGAGGCCUACGCGGCCUCCAAAGCUGGGAUCGAAGGCCUCAGUAUGGCCAUGUCUGUGAGCUUAGGACCGAAGGUUCGGGUGCAUGUGGUGAGCCCUGGCAUGGUGGAUGUGCGGUCCGAGCGGAAUGAAAGCCUUUUGCCAGAUGUCCAGACUCUACGGGGCGAUCUAGAUCGGGAUUUCCAAAGCGAGUAUGCGCCAACUUGGGGCGCGGGCAAAAGCGGUGCGCUGAGUGAAGCCCACCCGGUGGGCAGGAUUGGGAGAGGUGAAGAUAUUGCACGGUGGGUUGAAUUCUUGGGUGUUCUAGAAGGCGGAUUUACAACGGGUGGGGUAUGUAUUUGA